AUGGAGGAUCACGGCUUAACGCGCAUGCAGGAGCUGAUGAGCAGCUACUAUGGACUUAAUGAUCAGGAAAGCAGAAAAGGUCAAGAUCGAGAUAUGGACUCGGCUGGUUUUGAUGCCCAGGUCUACGUCAAGGAGCUGUUGCAAACACGUGGACUGAAUGAACUGCUCGCGAUUGAUGACAAAUUGAUACGUGAGAUCAAAGAGCUGGACACUGACAUGCAGAUGCUUGUGUACGAGAACUAUAGCAAAUUCAUUACUGCUACGGACACGAUCCGCAAGAUUAAGAACAACGUUGCUACUAUGGAGGACGAUGUCGCACGCGUGGUCAAGAGCAUGGACGUUAUCACGGCCAAGAGCGAGGGUAUUGAUGUGGCUUUGGCACCGCAUCGCGCUAAAGUGGACAAACUCAUUGGCGUGCGACGCUUGCUGAAGAAAUUCGAGUUUCUUUUCGAGCUGCCUCAGAAGCUCAGCUCUGCUGUCAAGCAAAAGGAGUAUACGAACGCUGUCAAGUAUUAUCAACUUGCGCACCAGAUUCUGCAGAGAUACGAUCAUAUUUCGGCGUUUAAGACAAUUCAAGUAGAAACCAAAAAGCCGAUCCAGCUACUUAAAAGUAUGCUUAAGGAGCGAAUGCGUGACACGACAAUCGAGUCGGAGGAGCUUUGCGAGACAGUGGAGCUUCUACAUCAACUCGAUGUCUGCAACGACGAGAUUCGAGGCCAGUUUGUCGCAUGGCACCGCGCGUUCUUUACGCGUAUAGUGGCAGAGUUUAAGACUCAAAGCAAGGCUGAUUCAGUAUCAGUCUUCCUUCAACGAUUCAACGCAGAAGUUUUAUCGAGAAUGAGUCGAGUGUUUUUGGUGUACAAGAUUCACUUUAUACCCGAGGCUGUUGCAAGCGAGAAAUUGUCACCUUCAUAUACGGUCCAAGAUAACUUGUUUCUCAACUUCGUGAAAGAACUAUCUGCGCUCUAUCUGGGUGAAUGCGUCGUGCAGUUUCGUCGUCCGCACACAAAUUUCGGAUCAGCAGACGAAGUCCUCGAUGGACCGCGUGGAAAUCAUCUCUCCUCCGACAUUGCCGAAAGCGAGUACUUUGUUUUCAUGCGAGUGAUGAAGCGCUUUGCGUCGCAAGUGGAGAGCGUGGACAAAAGUAUUCCAAUGUGCGGACUGGCUAAGGGUGCUACUGAAAUUGUGGAAAGCUGCGUGCGCUACCAGAUUGAGGUUGUGUUUCGGGCACUACGCGAAGACACUAGGGAUUUUUUAGUCACUUCUUACGAAAAAGUGUGCGGUCUGGGACGAAGCUCGCGCGCAGGUGGACAGAGCGUUCGACCGUUAGCGCAGGAGUCAGCGAGGAUAUUUACGGACAUGAUGCAGAAAGUUUUGCAGCGAAUGGGGCUCAUGGUGCAAAUGGGCUUCUCGGUUCUCCCUGAGUUGAGUCAGCUCUUUUGUGAUUUAGUCCAGGGUCAAUUCUGUGUUUUCUUAAAGUGGUUCAACGUAUCAGUGCUCCAGUACGCCGAGCCUAAGCGUGCAUUCGCUCAGCCAGAUGGACCGUCUGGAAUUCGAUUGGAGGAACAAAAAAUUGUGGCGCUAACAUGGUUGGAGCCCACUCCGCAGUUUCUGCUGUUUCUGUCAUGCUUGUGCCAAGAGUUGUCAGAUGUGGGUAUUAGCGAGUGUGCGCGCAGUGUUAAUGAGUGUUUGUCGGCCAUUUCACUACCGUCGAGAACCGCCGAAAGUGGACCGCUUUGCAAUCGGCGUGAAAGCCAGGAGGACGCAACCUACGUGAUUGAAGUAACCCGUGAAUCUUCUGCAGAGCUGCUGCGGGAAGUCGCAAAAAAGUAUGCUAACCAGCUGUGUACCAUUAUCUACAACGGAAUGGCUGCUACGUCGUGGUCUGACAUGGAUGAGGAGCCAAGGAUUGUGCAGGAAAUGAUGGCUGCAGUGGUAGAGACCACUGUCCGCUUUGGGAAGGAAGUUGCUAUGGCACUCGGAGAUGAGCAAAGUAUUUUUAUCGAGAACAACAGUCGCUCAAAUGGCCGUGACUUCCGCCGGCGUGCCAGUGCACUGCGGUCUCGCAACGCAGGGAUUGUAGCAGCGCCGUCGGGAAUGCAGCUUAAUGUCGAUCGGGUAUUUGCGCGUAAAAUCCAUGCCUACCCCCACCAGCUUGACCUCAGUGCAGACGCAUUCGUCCAGUCCAUGCUGAAAAUUUGCAUCAAAGCUUUCAGCGAGUGGGUGAGGUUGUUGGAAUUGUCGAAGUUCGGCUUGCAACAGAUCCAACUGGACGCUGAAUUUCUGCGCAGCACGCUGAUGCAUAUCGUGGUAUCCCGAGAAGCCGAAGAGGAAAUGGAAGACCUUUUGUCUGAUCUGCUUUCGAACGCACGCGCUCGAGCUGUUGAAGACACCCUCACGGACCAGACCAAUGUCGGUGCCAUUGUUAGCGCUAAGAGUACCCAAGUGUUGUCACGCUGGCGGUAA